UGAGUCAGUGUUUAUAUCCAGCCCGGCCCGCCCGCUGCCCGCACCUCUCUUCACUCUUCUCUUUAUCCCUCACCUCACAUUUUGUACCAUUUCCAGAAUAAUUAACCCUCCAAAUAUCAGGAUUAGUUGCAUGCCUUAACUGGCAACGCUUAAACAAUAUUUUUUUCAGCUGUGAGAGAAGGUAUUUGUGGUUUUAUCAGCAAACUUCCGCUUGACAGUGAGGGAGGUGGUGCAAGAUAACGCAGUUUGACAGUGUUUGAAAAGACUCUUAAGACAAAAUGUGGAAGGCUCAGGCAGGCCACCAGAUUACUGCAGUUGACAAUGGCAAUGAUGAUGAUGACUGGGAGACGGAUGCUGACUACACAAAUACCAUGACAGAGGAAGAGCAAAGAUAUGGUACAAAACGGGACUUGGAAGCUAUCGAUAUGAAGAAAUACAGAGAAGAAACAAUCAAUGCAGAUGCAGAAAUGAAAAUGAAAGAGCUGGCCGAGGGCCCGAAGGCAUCAUAUGGAUAUGGAGGAAAGUUUGGAGUUCAAAAAGACAGGAUGGAUAAGAGCGCUGAAAGCCACGAAUACAUUGGUAAGGUGGAGAAACACGAGUCACAAAAGGACUAUACAUCUGGGUUUGGUGGUAAAUUUGGUGUUCAGUCUGAUCGUCAGGAUCGUUCUGCUGUUGGCUGGGAUCACAUAGAGAAGGUUGAUAAGCAUGAGAGCCAAAAAGAUUAUAGUCAUGGCUUUGGUGGCAAGUUUGGUAUUCAGGCUGACCGACAGGACAAGUCUGCCUCGGGAUGGGACCAUAUUGAGAAAGUUGAUAAGCAUGAGAGUCAGAAGGACUACUCCCUGGGAUUUGGCGGCAAGUUUGGCGUUCAGAAGGACCGACAAGAUAAGUCAGCAGCCGGCUGGGAUCACAUUGAGAAGGUGGCUAAGCAUGAAAGUCAGAAAGACUACUCUAAAGGGUUUGGCGGAAAAUUUGGCGUACAAACGGAUAGGCAGGACAAAUCUGCCGCUGGUUGGGACCACAUUGAGAAAGUUGACAAACAUGAGAGUCAAAAAGAUUAUUCGCAAGGCUUUGGUGGUAAAUUUGGUGUGCAGUCUGAUCGGCAGGAUAAGUCUGCCGCAGGCUGGGACCAUAUAGAGAAGGUGGAAAAGCAUGAAAGUCAGAAAGAUUAUGUUGUUGGUUUUGGAGGAAAGUAUGGUGUUCAGAAAGACCGCCAAGACAAGGCUGCCCUUGGAUGGGACCACAUCGAAAAAGUUGACAAACACGAGAGCCAGAUUGAUCACUCCAAGGGUUUUGGUGGAAAAUUUGGAGUGCAGAAGGAUCGGAUGGACAAAGCUGCUCACGUCUUCUCUGAGCCGCAGGGGGGAAUUGGAACCAACUAUGAACCAACAAAACCAGAAGUGAAAGCCUCGUCUACGGCAUCAAGUCUGCGUGCUCGCUUUGAAAAUUUAGCAGUAAAUCAAGAAGAUGAAAGAAAGAAACUGGCAGAAGAAGAAAAAAAGAAGCGAUAUGAAGGUGAUGCAGCUAUGAUCCAGAAAGAAAAAAUGAGACUGAUGCAGCAGCAAGAAGAGGAGGAGGAAAGGCUAAGGAAACGCAAUGAAGAUGAAGAGAGACUUCGGGAGAAGAGGAAAGACCUCAUGAUGCAACACCAUCAAGAGUUGGAGAAGGACAGUGAACAAACAGAAGCAGCUCAUUUACAACACAGGGAAGCAGUGCCCAAGAAAAUGCAGAGAGAAGAAGUAGGACCUGAAAAUCAGAAAGAGCAGGUAGCAGCAAGACAUCAGGCUGAGCGUGAGGCAGCUGAAGAAGCAGUGGCCAGGGCAGAGAAGGAGCGCUUGGAGGCGGAAGUGCGCAGGCAAGAGCAGCUCCUUAUGGGCGACCCACAGAGUCUGACUGCAGGAGCCGAGACUAAUCCUGAACCACCAACGCAAGAUGAAGGCAUGGGAGUAACAGCAUAUGCACUCUUUGACUAUCAGGCAGCGGACACUGAUGAAAUUUCGUUUGACCCUGAUGACAUCCUUACUAAUAUUGAAAUGAUUGAUGAAGGAUGGUGGAGAGGCUGGUGCAAUGGCCAGUAUGGGCUGUUUCCUGCCAACUAUGUGCAACUUCAUAGCCCAACACAGUGAGGUCAGAUACUCUGGGAUGUUAAAUACCAUCCCAGAUGUAGAUGACGAAUGGCAGGGUAUUCUAGAUGUUCCAGGAAGUGAUCCUUGAAACUUAUUCAUGAAAAUGUGUAACAAUGCAGUAAUUAUGGGCUACAAAGAUCUUUUAUAUUUUGUAAUCUUAAAGAAAUGUUUUUGUGCCUCAUUUUAGAUUAUUAAAGCUGUUGGGAGAGUUGAGAAACCUUCAUGAAGGGGAAAUGUGUAACUACCAAUAACAGAUUGUGAUAAACCAGGUUAAAAAGAGGUAAGAAUGCUGCCUUCAUGUAAGCAACCGUACCUUGAGUUACGAUGGAUCAUGAACACAUGAUCCAGGAAGUGUACAUCCACACCUUGGUGAAAUAUGAUGGAUCAUGAGCAUCCAUACCUUGGUAAGUUAUAAUGGAUCACCUUGUUGGGAGAGAUGAAGUAUCAUGACCACAUCCACACCUCGUUGAGAGUUAUGGUGGAUCAUGAGCACAUCAACAUCCUGGUGAGAUAAAGAAUUGUGCUCAUCAACACCCUGGUGAGAGAGAUGAUGGGUCAUAAACAAAACUGGCCAUAUGUCUUUCCAUCUCUUGUGUUGUCACGGAGACAUGAAGGGAAACAUAAUUUUGACAGCUUUAACUGAUUUUGUUUUGGUUCUUUCUUAAUCAAUGGCCUUAAUGAAGACUUAAUUAUCCUACAGAUUGCAUUGGCACAGCAAGUCUCAUUUACACUUCCUUACCAUCUUAAGUUGGUGCUGAGGAUGGAGCAAGUUGUUCAGUUGGUGCUAUUAUUGUACAUGUUUACCCUAUACAUUUUUAUACUAUGUAAACACAGGAUAAGUUGAGAUCUUAAAUUUGCAUAUGUAUUUCACUUUAUUAAUUCUCAUUCGCAGAUACACUGUUCAUACAUAUCAUAUAACCAUUUCUAACUACUAUACCAUACAUCAACAGUGUUUUGAACAAAUUGAAAACUUGGACCAGCAUCUAAGUCUUCUACAGUAUUCUCCAAUACACACACACCUACCACCCACCUCUUCCUCCACACACACACACACACACACACACAAUAUGUUAACAACUUACUGGUAUAUCCAACAGUACCCAGUACAGUAGUUGAGGAGAAAUUUGAGUGACUUGAUAAUGGCAGAUAUACAUACAGUAUGUGGAUAAGUUAUGGUACAUGAAAUUUGUUUUUUGUUUUAUAUAACUAGGUUACAU